CUGUGGCUCGACGUGAACAAACUAGAGGCUUUUGAGGUCAGCUUCUGCUCCGACAGACCUCUCACUGUGAAGGCAAAGAUUUCAGUGCAGGUCAAGGACAACCAGUACAGCAAUACCAUCAUUUUGGUGACAGCGGAGGCUUACCAGGAAAUCGUCUCACUCGAAUACAUUAGCAGGCCGAUUCAGGACGUGGAUCAGGAGGAGGAAGGAGAAGGGAACUGUGAGGUGCUGAACUUUGGUGACUGCCAUGUAGACUGCCAACACCAGGAGAGUUUCACCUUGAUCAACCACAGUAGCGACCAGGUGGUGAGAUUCGAGUGGCCUCCUGGCGGAUCUCAUGUCAGCUUUUCACCUCAGGUCGGGCACCUUCAUGCUGGAUGCUCCAAAGAAGUGAGCGUUAUCUUUUGUUCCAGUCAGCCGGUGACUCUGAAAAGCAAGUCAAAGAAAUGCAAGUUUUGCCGGGUGGAGUUCCAGCAGCCUCUGGAGCAGGUGGCCGACUGGGACGACCGGCAAAGGACAGUACAGUGGCAAAGCCCUUCAAAGGUGGUGCAGACCGAUCCUGAGCCCAGCUGCUCUGUGGUGGAUGGCUCUCAGUGGGAGCUGGAUUUGCUCAUCAGUGCAGUCUGUGACUAUGCCAAGUUCAGCUGCUCCAACAACACCAUCCACUUCAAAGACACAAUGCUUUUUCAAACCAGGGUUCACCAGCUGCAGAUUGUGAACGAAGGCAGUGUGAAAGUAGAUUACGCCUGGCAGGUCCUAAUGGAUUCGAGCAGCAGCUCAGGGAGUCGGGAUGGAGAUUCGCUGCCUGCAGCCCGUCCCUCCAGUGCUCUGCUCAGAGUGGCCACUCUCCUAACGGUGAACCCUGAGCUGCCCGCUUUCACUGUGGAACCCAGUGCAGGAACCAUUAUUCCUGGUGCCACGCAGGACUUCAGCGUCCGCUUUUCACCAGUGGAGCUGGCUCAGUUUCAGGGAAAGCUGAUCUGCAGCAUUCCCAACUUGCAGGAUGGGGAUCUUGCUCCCUGUAUCCCGGUGUUUGGCCGUAGCCUGCUGCCCCACUGCCACUUUGAUUUUGAGGACUCAGACUACAUCAGCGGCCAUCGCCGCAGGGUCAGGAGCCCUGUGGACCUCAACAGUCGAGUUUUGGAGUUUGAAGCUGUUGGCUUCACCACACCAUCAAAGAGUGUGCUGAACCCAACCAGUCGGACCUAUUCCUUCAAAUGGAGGUGUGAAGACGACAGUGCCAGUCCUUUCCGCUGUCUCAGCCCAUGUGGCUCCAUCCUACCUGGGAAGAGGACUCAGGUGUGUUUUGAAUAUAUUGCAGAUCAGCCGGAUACUGUGGAGUCCUUCUGGACUUUUGUGAUCGAGACUGUGUCGCUAUCUGUUCCCUUCCUGUUGGUGGGCACCACCAGAGAACCACUCGUUUAUUUUCAGAGGCCUCACCUUGAUCUUGGAGAGCUGCUUGUUGGCCGUCAAGCAGAGCAGACAGUGGCUCUGGUGAACGGAGAGCUGGAGCCUCUCAGCUUCUCUGUCCUGCCGGAAUCUCUUCUUUCUGAGGAUCAGCUGUCAGGUCUCAUCGUGCAUCCCAUGAGCGGCACGGUGGCACCCAAAGACAGGCUGCCACUGUUUGUGUCACUCACGCCUUCCCUGGAGGCCCAUGUGAGUUUCAGGGUGACCCUUAAGGUGAAGUGCAGAUUCAGCCUGGAGGUGAACUUUGAAUUAAUGGGUCCCGGAGAUCUUCUUCAGCACUUAGAGGCAAAGCCUCAAACUGCAACCAUUGAGGUGGGGAAGCAGCUGCAGUCGUUACUCUUCUUCAGUCCGCAGAGCAUUUGCAACCUCCAGGACGUCAGCCUUAAUGUCAAGGUGAAGUUUGGGCCAACAUUUACCUUCACCGUUAAAGGUGGGGCGGUAGCACCCAGCCUGGAGUUCUCCUUCAACAAGUUCAACUUCGGCAGGUGCUUCCUGUCCUGCCCCGGCAUGCAGCCGCCGUCCCAAACUCUGGUGAUAAGCAACAAAGGGAGGAGAGACGUCAGGGUACCGCUUACCUUUUAUCCAUCUGAGGCACGUCGAUACCACGAGAAGCUCAGCUUCAUCCUGAACAGCUGCGUCACAAGACAGGUGGAGGUUCUGGGGCAGGGCACUGAGAUGAAGCUGGAAGUGGAGGAUCCUCGCCAGAAGAAGGUGAAACUGGGAUCUCUGACUUUGGGUCAGAAGGUGACAAAGCAAGUGGUUCUAGUCAAUCGCAGCAGUUUGGACCUCUCAUUCACCCUGACGCUUAAUGCAAAUACACCUCUGGAUCCAAAGGAUCUGUCUGUGAGACCAGCAGGCGAGCUGAAGCUCAAAUCUGCCGGCGGCUCCUGUCAGGUGGAGAUUCAGUUCUCGCCUCGUCGGCACGUUCCUGCCUUCAGCGCUGAACUGCAGGCGGAGUUUGCAGGCUUCUUCCACCCCCUGCUGACCGUCCAAGGCUGCUGCCUGGGUGUGGAGGUGCUGCUGGACCCGAACCACCUGUCCUUUGGUGCUGUGGUCCAGCGCUGCCAGGCCAGCAGACGGAUCAUUAUGGUGAACAUUGGUGACAUUGGCGCCAGAUUCCACUGGAAGACUGAGAAUUUCCCCGCAGAGCUGUCCAUCACACCAGCAAAAGGAUAUAUCUGUCCGGGGAUGGAGGUUCCCUUUGAAGUGACUUUCGCUCCAGUUGAGCUCAGUAAUGACAGGAGAUAUGAGGGCCUGUCUUGCUCUCUGGAGGGCUCCCCCCCACCCGUUCUGCUCACUGUCACAGGCUCCUGCAUUGCAGCCUCCACAACACAGGAGGUGGUGAAUUUUUUUUGCCCGGUGCGCAGCUCUCAAACCCAGAGCCUGUCUGUGAUCAAUCCCACCAAUCAGCGCUGCUGCAUCAGGCCGCUCAUUGAGGGAGAACAGUGGAGAGCUGCGCCCAUCGUGACCUUUGAACCCCACCAGAACAAGGCUGUUGAUAUCACAUACCGUCCUCUCACCAUGACCACUGAAGGAAAGAAACAUCUGGGAUCGGUUUUCCUCUCUUUUCCUGAGGGGAGAGGCAUGCUGUACUCCCUGCAUGGAACUGCUGAUCCCCCCAAAGCUGAGGACAACAUUUCGAUCGAGCUGCCAGCCAAAUCGCUCCAAUCACAGCUGCUUACUGUGAGCAACUGGCUCUCAAAGCAGCAACGGUUCCACGUGCUGAUGGAGACGCUGAAACCUGAGAAACCCGAUGCUACAGUGUCACUCAGGGGUCUCAAGUACAUGGAUGUGCCCGCUCACGCCAACAGGGACUACAAUCUGUCCUUCUCUGCAUACAAAGAGGGGCAUUACAGCACCAAGGUGACAUUUAGUAACGAGAAAACGGGUGAGUACUUGUUCUACCUUGUUACCUUCAAAGUCACGCCUCCUGGGAUCCUGUCCACCAUCACUCUGGAGACGACCGUUCGGCGGACGGUCUCAGCCAGCAUACAGGUGGAGAACCCGCUGACCACGCCGACCUGCCUCAGCACCGAGUGCAAAUGCCCCGACAUCAGCGCCCCCCCCCAGCACACGGUGCCAGGACUGUCCCAGGGUGUUUUGAGUUUUGAGUACCAUCCUCUACACGAAGGCGAGUCCACAGCCAGGCUGUCUCUGCUCAGUAAUGAUCUGGGCUACUUCCACCACGACCUGAUUCUCAAAGCUCUGCCCCCACCGCCAGAGAAAACCGUCCACUUUAGCGCUCCACUGGGCUGCAGCCAUGCCGUCCCUGUUAAAUUCACCAACUACUCCCGCUUCAAGACCGAGUACUCCUGUAAGGUAAGAAAACUCAUGCCUGUCGGUUUCCAGCUUGGCUCGGAGGCCAGGGUGGAGGUUUGCUUUGAGCCUCAUCAGCUGGGGGAAGUGAAAGCCCAGCUCAGGCUGUACUCUGGAAUUGGGGGGGAGUACAUCUUCCCAUUGCACGGGGUGUGCCUCCCCCCGAAAGCGCAGGGCCCCUUCAGCAUCAGGGCAGGUCGCAGCAUCAAUAUCCCCUUCAAGAAUGUGUUCCUGCAGACCACCAGUUUCUCCUUCCAGGUUGACAACCCUUGCUUCGCUGUCAAAGGAGUGGAAAGCAUCGGCUCCAAAAAAACACAAAACAUCUCGGUGUGUUUUGAGGCUCCUCCAGGGGGGGGUUCAGGGCCAUGCUUUGGCAAACUGACCGUAACCAGCCAGCGCUCAGAGGGGAGCGGCAAAGUCACCACAUGGGUCUUUUACCUGAAGGGCCACCGGCCUGAGUCUUCAUAG